UCUUCUCACUUCCUCUGCUCCACACUUGCACUGAAACUCAACCGUCUCGUCAUGGCAGCGCCACAGACUUUCUCACUCCUCGCUUUUGUUUUCUCUCUCCUCGCCGUCGCUUUCACCGUACGCGGCCACAACAUUACUCAGAUACUCGCCGAUUCCCCGGAAUACUCCUCCUUCAACAGCUACCUUUCUCAGACGAAGCUCGCCGACGAAAUCAACAGCCGGACGACGAUCACCCUCCUCGUCCUCAACAAUGGCGCAAUGUCUUCUCUCGCCGGAAAACAUCCACUCUCCGUCAUUAAAAACGCUCUAAGUCUCCUCGUCCUCCUCGAUUACUACGAUCCCCAAAAACUCCACAAGAUCUCAAAAGGCACAACUCUCUCCACCACGCUCUACCAAACCACCGGAAACGCUCCCGGAAACCUAGGAUUCGUCAAUAUCACCGAUCUUAAAGGAGGCAAAGUCGGAUUUGGCUCCGCCGCUUCAGGUUCCAAACUCGAUUCCUCUUACACAAAAUCCGUCAAGCAAAUCCCUUACAACAUCUCCGUUCUCGAGAUCGAUGCUCCGAUCAUAGCUCCGGGAGUCUUAACGGCCCCUGCUCCUUCUUCCGCCGUGUCUAACAUCACCGGAUUGCUCGAGAAAGCCGGUUGCAAAACCUUCGCUAAUUUGCUUGCCUCGAGUGGAGUGCUCAAGACUUACGAAUCCGCCAUUGAAAAUGGGUUGACUGUUUUUGCACCGUCCGAUGAAGCUUUUAAAGCCGAAGGUGUCCCAGAUCUGACGAAGCUCACUCAAGCUGAGGUGGUCUCGCUUCUAGAGUAUCAUGCCCUCGCUGAGUACAAGCCUAAAGGCUCAUUGAAGACUAACAAGAACAAAAUCUCUACUUUAGCCACCAGCGGAGCCGGAAAAUUCGAUUUAACAACCUCAACUUCCGGCGACGAAGUUAUUCUCCACACAGGCGUUGCUCCCUCAAGACUCGCCGACACGGUGCUCGACGCGACUCCGGUCGUGAUAUUCACAGUCGACAAUGUCCUCCUCCCUACUGAGCUAUUCGGAAAAUCUCCUUCUCCGGCACCGGCGCCGGCGCCGGUUACAGCACCGACACCAUCUCCGGCGGAAGGACCUUCACCCGCUGCGGCUUCACCGCCGGCUCCCCCGACGGACGAGUCACCGGGAAGUGCUCCUUCAGACUCGCCGGCAGGUUCUGCGAACAGCAAGUCGGCUAACGCGGCGGUUGCCGUGAGCUCACCGUCGUUGUUCACCGCAUUGGUCACGCUUGCCGCCAUAGCCGUUUCUGUGUCUCUCGGCUUUUGAAAUUGAAACCUUUCGAAUCUUCGUAAUUACGCAGGCUGCCACUCCCUUUUGUUCAUUUUUAUUUAUUUUCUUCUACUUUUGUGGUUCUGUUUGUUUAGUUGAAAGCUGGGAUUAGUGAGUGAGGUUUACAUCUUUUUUAUUUAAUCACAUUUUCAUUAUCAUUUUCAGUGUUAAUCUGAUUUUCAUUGUUGAGA